AUGGCAAAUACAGCAGGAGGGGUAUUCCUGGCUUUACUCUUGUUCAUAAGUGCCAGUGUUCCAUGUUUUUCUGUGUAUAACAGCGGGGAGUGCUUCUUCAACACCAAAGGGACCUGUGAACACAUGGGACAGGUAUAUGGGAUAGGAGAGAGCUGGAUCACCAGUGACUGUUACCGAUGUGUCUGCAUGGAGCCUUUUGGAGUUGGAUGCUGUGAUCAUGAAUCUAAACCUGUGGACUAUCCAGACUGGUGUGAGAUCAUCCGUAAACCUGACUCUUGCACUAGUGUUGCAGUGAUGAGAGCCAAUCAUAAACUACCAUGCCUCUGGGGACGAGGUCGUCUCAGACCAGCUGCAGGCCAGCCAUGGAAAUCUGACAAUGAUCCUAUAUUUUGA